CGCCCCCUUAGGGAAGCCGGUCAUGUGCGCGGAAGAGGCUCCACCCCUCACCCUCGGCGGGCGGCGCAUGCGCCCUGUGCGGUCCCGCGAUGAAGGAGAGGGCGGGGCCGCGGCACAAGCCGCCGGUUAAAGGCAACAGAAUUUGAAAACACCCCCCAAAAACACGCUCCUUGCUUUCCUCCAAGCCCCCCCACCAUUGUCAGCAUGGCUGGUGGCAUUACGGAUACCGGAGAGCUCUAUUCUCCCUACGUCGGUCUGGUUUACAUGUUCAACCUCAUCGUGGGGACAGGAGCCCUCACCAUGCCGAAGGCCUUUGCAACGGCCGGGUGGCUCGUCAGCCUCGUCCUCCUCAUGUUCCUGGGGUUUAUGAGCUAUAUGACUACAACCUUUGUGGUGGAAGCCAUGGCUGCCGCAAAUGCCCAGCUGCGAUGGAAGAGGAUGGAAAAACGCAAGGAGGAUGAUGAGGAUGAGGAUUCUUCCUCUGGCGUAUCUGACAGCGAUGUUCUCCUCCAAGAUGGCUAUGAGCGAGCAGAGACACGGCCCAUCCUGUCAGUUCAGAGACGUGGCUCACCCAAUAUCUUUGAAAUCACUGAGAGGGUGGAAAUGGGCCAGAUGGCUUCCAUGUUCUUCAAUAAAGUGGGUGUCAACCUCUUCUAUUUCUGCAUAAUAAUCUACCUCUACGGAGACCUGGCCAUCUACGCUGCAGCUGUACCGGUCUCUCUCAUGCAAGUGACCUGCAGUGCCAUUGGCAACCAUUCAUGCAGUGUUGGAGAUGGCACAAAGUACAACGAUACGGACAAGUGCUGGGGGCCAAUUCGACGUAUCGAUGCUUACAGACUGUACCUGGCAGCGUUCACUCUCCUCCUGGGUCCUUUCACCUUCUUCAAUGUGCAGAAGACCAAGUAUCUUCAAAUCAUGACGUCCCUCAUGAGGUGGAUAGCUUUCAUCCUCAUGAUUAUUCUGGCCCUCAUCCGCAUCAGCCGAGGCCAAGCUGAAGGUCACCCGUCCAUGGCCCAGCUGUCAGGCAUCCGCAAUCUCUUCGGGGUGUGCGUCUACUCCUUCAUGUGCCAGCACUCCCUGCCGUCCCUCAUCACACCCAUCUCCAAGAAGAAGCAUGUCAACAAGCUCGUGCUGCUCGAUUACAUCCUGAUCCUGGCCUUCUACAGCCUCCUGUCCUUCACCGCCAUUUACUGCUUCCGCAACGACACCCUCAUGGACAUGUACACACUCAACUUCACCAACUGCGAGAUCAUCAACGUUGCCUUCAUUCGUUAUUUCCUGGGCCUCUUCCCUGUCUUCACCAUCAGCACCAACUUCCCCAUCAUUGCAGUGACCCUGCGCAACAACUGGAAGACACUUUUCCACAGGGAAGGGGGCACCUACCCAUGGGUGGUGGACAGGAUUGUCUUCCCAGCCAUCACGCUGGUUCCCCCAGUGCUGGUGGCUUUCUGCACCCACGAUCUGGAGUCCUUGGUGGGGAUCACGGGCGCUUACGCUGGGAACGGGAUCCAGUAUCUCAUUCCGGCAUUCCUGGCAUACUGCAGUCGCAAGGACACCCAGCUGGUCUUCGGCAGUGGGACGGUCAACAAGCACCUCUCCCCGUUCCGACACACCUUCUGGAUUGUGUUUGUGCUCAUAUGGGGCUUUUCUUGCUUUGUGUUUGUGACUGCGAACAUUGUCCUGAGCGAGUCGAAACUCUGAUGCGGGGGUGGCAGCACCUUCCCCCCCGUGCUCCAGAGACUCCAGCAUUCCAGCUCCCCCUCUGCAACUGUGGGGGGGGAGAGGCAGGUGAAGGGAAGGUUCCAGGCCAUUGGCUUGGUGGCACAGGUCAGACCUGGACACGGACUUUCUUCCCUCCAUUUUGGGUGUGGAUGGAGUGGAUUCAGCCUUGUCACGACCUCUCAGACCCGCUACACGAAGCCAUGGGGCUGAGCCUGUGGCAGCCUGCACAGUUCAUCAGUGUCCAGCCAUUUCUGCCUUCAGCUCUGCUGGAGCAUCACUCCCUGCAUCGCUGCCCAGCUCUCUGUGUGCUGCAGGUCUCGGCACGCAGGAGAGCAGCCAGCCUUGGCCGCUCACUGCGCUCAUCUGCUGAAUGUCCCUUUUCCCAAAGGCUGGGAUGUGCUGUGUAGAAUCCAGCAGGAGUUUGGGAGAACUGAGUCUCUUCUUUCCGCUGAGACCUCUUCAAACCAACCUCCUGUGCCAGCUGAGGGAAGAAAUUAGGGUGGCGGUAGAUCUAAUUCAGAAGGAAAUAAUUCUGUCCUCUGUUACAUUUUACUUUUCUGGAGGCAUUAACCUGUUUGUGCACCAUGGAUUGCCUGGGAUCUGGGAUCUUUUUCUUAGAGCUGGAUUUCUCCAGCCCAGCAGUUUACAUUCACACUUCUCACCCUGUUCUCCUGUGCUGUGGCAGCCCAGACGGACAGAGCGGUGCAGGGAUGCAGCUCUUUGCCUCUAGAAGGGAAACCGCAGCCUUUGCGUCCCUUUUCUCCUGCCUGCAGCUGGCAGAGCCCUUCUCCCUUCUCCAUUCUCCCCUUUGCACGGGGCUGGGACAACCCGCCAGACCUGGCUCCAGGAUUUGAGGUGCUAAUUUCCAGUCCUGCCACGCGUGAGGCCUGCAGGAGUUCUGGCCAUGCACACUGAUGCAUUUCCAGCCUCCUGCACUGGGUAAUUACCCUUGAAACGAGGUGGGUGUUAACACCGGGCACUGGGCUGGUGCCAGGAGGCAGCGGCAGCACCUGGGCUCAGCCCUGCCCGCGGGAGAGCAAACGCUGGAGCCAGGCUUGGGUCCCCCCUCUCCUCUUUCUGCAUAGGGUUAAGGUGGGCUUUGGGCUGCCCCUGCCCAGCUUAUCUGAGAAUUGGGCUGCCCAUUACCUGAGGCAGCCUGCGCUCGAGGUGAGUCUCUGUUUUUGAGGCUCCCGGUGGUCACUGUAAUCCCACAUGGUGACAAACAGUUCUGGGUCCUGAGCUCUGACACCUUUGGGCAAAGAUCAGACGGGUUUUCCUAACAAAAGGAAGAACUUUUUAAAGUUAUCACCUGAACUAUUUAAAACCCCUUAUUAAAGCAGGUUCAAAGGCAGGUGCAUGUCACUUGUGUUAGAUCCUCUUGCCCUCUGCACUUGCUGCGGUAUUAAGUGUCACCGCUCGCUAACGCAAGCUUUGAACUGCAGCUCUCUUUAAUCAAGCUCUGUUUUCAAGUAGAACUUUCUGGUUUCCAUAUGACCUGAAGUGCUGCUCCUGGGGGAAUAUGCAAGUACCUGGAGCUGUAUAAAAACACUUCAUGGCUUUUGAAGCAAAACCCUGCACCUCUCAAGCCUGAACACCACCAUGUCCUUGCCGAGCUGCUUGAGAGGAUCCGGGGGGGCUGUUUGUCUCCUUUGCGGCUUGAUCCUAAGCAGGCAUUGGCAGCCCUGAGUUUAAACAUCCCCAAGUGCUCCGGGAAGCUGAGGUGGCAUCUUCAUUGCCAAAUUAACAAGGUAUUUUACAGGUAGCUGGCACUGGUGUCUCGUUUAGGAAGAGGCAGGUUGGAGGGCAAGUUGCUGGGGCAGCUGGGCUGGGAGGUUUUGCGAGGCAGUGGGGAGCUGGGCAGAGCCAAAGGGAGGCAUUUAAUGCUGAUGAAAUGAGCUGUGGGGAAGCUGGAGAGGCUGCAGGGGCUGCUCACUGCACAGGUGAAUGGGGGGGGUUUAUGGAGGCGCCCAAAGCCUUUCAGCUGUGCUGCCUGCCCUGCAGCCUCUGUCCACGCAAGUGCCCAUUUCAACCUUCACGUUUAAUUGCCAGCUGGAGAAACGGGGCUGUUCCCUGUUAUUUCAUCUCUCUUCCUCCCUUCCCUUCCCUUCCCAGGGCCUGGUCUCCCUCCCCUCCUGCCCCCAUUUCAUACCUGCCUUCUAGGGGGGAGCCAGCCUGGCACCCCCUCUCCUGCCGUCCCUGACAUUUCAAGAUGUGCCUUCUCCUCCCUGCCCCGGGUAACCGGCUCCUCGGCAUGGGCCUUGCCUGGAAGAGCUGCGUGGAUGCAGGUUUUGGAUGCAGGUUUUGGAUGCGGUGACAUGUUGGUGGCUCAUAUCCUGGCCGCAGCCUUUGCCGUGGUACCUUACGGAGAACUCUGGUCCCCAAGGAGCCACAAGCACUUUCUUAAAUAAAUAACCACAAAUUCCCAGACACCCGCUGUCCUUGCACAGCAGCCAAACAAAUCAAUCCGAGGAAUCGGGGUGAUUAACGGAAAGAAGCUCGACAGCAGAGAGAUCAUUUUUCAUAUGAAACAUGAAUAGCAAUGCCUUAAAAAUUACUGGAGAACGUGGGGAGGGGACGGCUCAGUGGAGCUGGGGGACACUGGGUGACCCUGGCACGGGGCAGGAGCUCCCUCUGCUCGCCCAUCACAAAUGAGUCUAUUUUUAUUCGGCUGUUAUCAACACUAACAAUUCAUUAUUACAGAUUCUCACGUGAUGCUUGUCCUGACUGUAAUUAGUUUUCAAAAAAUGGGAUUAAAAAAAAACGAAACACAACAAUAAAAUGCACAUUAUACA